UCAUCUUCAUGGAUGCAGACGGGAUUCAAAAACAUGAAGAAUUUCCUAUCCGAUUGUAAGAAGCAUGAGAAGGCAAAAUUGCACAUGGGUGCCUACAAGACCUGGAAGACCUACGGUUUUCAGCCUCGUAUCGACUGUAUCAUGUCACAAACUAGACGUGAAGAGAUUCAGCGUCAUAACGAGGAGGUUGAUGAGGCAACUGAUGUUUCUACCAAAGAACUAUUGAGUGUAAUUGUUCGAAUGGACAAAGGGGAAAGUGUCAUUGAAAGACAGCUUGGGUUUGUUGAUGUUAGUUGUGAUAGGACUGCAACUGCUAUAUCAUCAGUAGUUAAGGGUUGGGAUGAUGAAACGUUAAGUAAGGUUACUGGUUUACUUGGCUACCUUAAUGGCUUCUUGUUUUGUUUCUUGGUACAUGUUUUCCAGAGAAUUCUUGAGCAGUCAUCCAUACUUUAUUCUAUCUUGCAAGACAAUUUCACUGACUUUCAUUAUGGAAUGAGUAGGUUUGAGAGAUUCAAGGCCUUUGUUGCAUCUCUGAAAAAUGAUACAGAAUAUUGUCAGGUGUACGACCUGGCUGUUGAGAAAGUGGGACCACCAGUAACCAGGAUUUCCAUUCACAAAGACAUACUGUCAGAGAAAGAAGACGCCAACACAUUGCAUGAUGAGGUAGUAAAGAAGUUCAUUGAAAAACCACGAAGACUUGCUUUCUUAUACAAAUAGGUAUUCAUAUAUGGCUGUUAGCAAGCUGAUGAUGUCUUACGUCCAUGGCAUGUGAGAAUUUUUCCGGGAACUUUUUAAUGCAGUCAAUGAUGAUUGUCAUUUCAGCACGACAAUUUCAUCACAACUUUUGAUAGUUGUUGAUGACAAAUCUGAGCCUUUUUCGGUUCUUUUGUCAAAGUUUCUUUACAAGAUGUACAUAGGUAUCUAUUUAUGUAUGUGGUGUUGAGAAAAUAAAUCACAUAUCUGCAACUA